ACCGGGCGGUGUCGGGGGCGGAAGGUCGGGAGGCGCGGGACCGCGGGAGGGACCGGGAAGGCCUUGGGGCCCGACGGAAUCCCGGUUCGGAGUCUGUGGGCCCGAACCCGACCUGAGAUGAGGAAUCAGAGUCUCAGAGAGGUGAAGUGACCUGCCUAAGGUUGAACAGCUAGCCACGGCCCACUAACUGUUUGGAACUGAAAUACUACAUAAGGGGAAGUGGCGAGUGAGGCCCAGGUCUGUGGCGCUGAUGGCUGGAAGGUGGCUGAUGGUGGAGAAAGUAUUUGGAGCAGGGCCUGGGGGUCCCCCUGCAGAGGCCCCUAUCAGCCCCCUGCUUCCAACUGCAGAUGUGAACAAGACCCUCAAGGUGGAUUGCCGCGACGUGUGUGGCCUGAACAUCUCUGACCGCUGUGACUUCAUCCGGACCAACCCUGACUGCCGCAAUGAUGGGGGCUACCUGGACUACCUUGAAGGCAUCUUCUGCUUCUUUCCACCCAACCUCCUUCCUCUGGCCAUCACCCUUUAUGCUCUCUGGCUACUUUACCUGUUUCUGAUUCUGGGAGUCACUGCGGAGAAGUUUUUCUGCCCUAACUUGUCAGCCAUUUCUACCACCCUCAAGCUCUCCCACAAUGUGGCAGGCGUCACCUUCCUGGCCUUUGGGAAUGGUGCCCCUGAUAUCUUCAGUGCCCUGGUGGCUUUCUCGGACCCACGCACAGCCGGCCUGGCCUUUGGGGCACUAUUUGGCGCCGGCGUGCUCGUCACCACAGUGGUGGCCGGCGGCAUUGCCAUCCUGCGACCCUUCACAGCUGCCUCCAGGCCCUUCCUCAGGGACAUCACUUUCUACAUGGUGGCAGUGUUCCUGACCUUCACUGCACUCUACUUUGGCCGGGUCACACUGGCCUGGGCCCUGGGUUACCUGGGCUUGUAUGUAUUCUAUGUGAUCACUGUGGUUCUCUGCACCUGGAUCUACCGAUGGCAGCAGAGGAAAUCCUUGGUUUACUCCUCGCCAAACACUCCAGAGCUGCUCUCAGAUUCUGAGGAUGAGCGGGUGUCUUCUAAUACCAACAGCUAUGACUACGGGGAUGAGUACCGGCCGCUAGUCCCCUACCAGGAGACCACGGCUCAGAUCCUGGCCCGGGCCCUCAACCCGCUGGACUAUAGGAAGUGGAGGAACAAAUCAGCCUACUGGAAGGCCUUCAAGGUUUUCAAGUUGCCCGUGGAAUUCAUUCUGCUCCUCACGGUAUCUGUUGUGGACCCAGACAAGGAUGACCGCAACUGGAAACGGCCGCUCAACUGCCUGCACCUGGUGACCAGCCCCCUGUUCUGUGUCCUCACCCUGCAGUCGGGGGUCUAUGGCCUCUACGAGAUCGGCAACCUCUUUCCCGUCUGGGCUGUGGUGGUGAUCGCGGGCACAGCCUUGGCUACGGUGACCUUUUUUGCCACAUCCAACAACGAGAUCCCCAGGCUUCACUGGCUGUUUGCUUUCCUGGGCUUCCUGACCAGUGCCUUGUGGAUCAACACAGUUGCCACAGAGGUGGUGAACAUCUUGCGGUCCCUGGGUGUGGUCUUCCGGCUAAGCAACACAGUCCUUGGGCUCACGCUGCUGGCCUGGGGAAAUAGCAUUGGAGAUGCCUUUUCAGAUCUCACCCUGGCUCGCCAGGGCUAUCCGCGGAUGGCGUUCUCGGCCUGUUUUGGUGGCAUCAUCUUCAAUAUCCUCGUGGGCGUGGGGCUGGGCUGCCUGCUGCAGAUCUCCCGGAGCCACAUGGAGGUGAAGCUGGAGCCAGACGGACUGCUGGUGUGGGUUCUGGCCGGCACCCUGGGGCUCAGCCUUGUCUUCUCCCUGGUCACGGUCCCUGCGCAGUGCUUCCAGCUGAACAAAGCCUAUGGCGUCUGCCUGCUCAUCUUCUACUUGAACUUCCUUGUCGUGGCCCUCCUCACUGAAUUCGGAGUGAUUCACUUGAAAAGCGUGUGACUGAAGCCAUAUGUCAGAGUCUGCCUGGUGGCCUGGGCUGUCAUUGCAGGCAGGCACCCAGCAGCUCUCUGUAAGGGGAGAAUUGCCAAUGGAGGCCCCUUUUGUAGAAUGCAAACAGGCACGCACGGUGUGAUGGGAUCAGGGCUCCUGUGGGGUGGUUGUUGCUGCUGAAGGUUUGAAGUCACUGCUCUGUGCAGGAAGAAAGGCCAAGUCUAUCUUACUGCCAGCACCCAACAGUGCCAUUUCGGAUUUUGGACACCACUGCCCAGGGAUUUUGGAGACUGCGCUUUGCUGUGGACAGAGCUCCAAGAGAAGCUAGAAGCCUUUCUUCAACGAUCUCCAGAGCAUCUCUGAAGAGGGUUAGAGUUUAGGGUGACUGGGAUGACUGGGAGCCUUCCAGGCCACUUUUGAAAGACCCCUGAAGUGUUCAGGGCUGGAGGCAGCUGCUGAGACACAGGACCCUCCCGCGUUCACCCCUGCUGCUUUCUGUCCCCCUUACUUAGCUUUAGGCGCACUGGAAUCUUCUCAGGGCUCAGACGGCUGCCACACCCUGGUGUGGAAAACCAGGAUGACUACACAGCUUCUCACUAAGGUCAGGCAGGGAACCGUGGCCAAGAACGCCUCGUGUGCUGGGGCACUGGGCUGAUGGGGGCUGGGCCCUAGAUCCACUUUGUCUGACAGAAACCGGAUGUGAGGCACACUCAUCAUUCUGAAUUUUGUAGAAGCCACAUUAGUAAGCCAAAAAGAAACAGGUGAGGUUCAUGGGAACAGAUUUUAUUUAACCCAGUAUAUCCAAAAUGCCACCUUGGCGUGUAGUACUGGCCACAUGAGUAGCUGCCAUGCUGGCCGGCUCCUGGCACUACGUCCAGACUCUGCCCUGGCUGUGGACAGACUCCUCUGCUCAGAACUGUGGGCUUCCCCAGCUGCACAACAGGGGUCACUACUGACUGCCCUGCACCUACCUCAGGGGGAGGCUGGACUAGGGGCUCAAAUGGCCUCAGACCUCAGGUGGCCAGGUGAGAGCGUGCUGAGCCUUGCUGCCGUAGCCGGUGACCCCACCUUUUAAGCAAGCACCUCCUCAGUUUGCCCAGUGGCCUUAUGCUGGCUGUGAAGAAAAGGAACUUUUUUUUUCCCAAAUAAAAAAGGUUAUUAAAUAUGUCAAAUAUACACAAA